ACGGCCCCGCUUCUCUUGCAGCGUGUGUCUGCCUGAAGACAAGCGUGGUCACCAAUUGCAGGAUGGUCAGCGGGCAGUGCCGCUGCGAAGCCAUCGGCUCCGGCAUCGCCGUGGACUGCAACACCCUGACUUCGAAAUGCCUGCUAAUGAAAGCAGAAGUGAUGGGCUCAAAAUCGGGUCGUCGUGAGAAACCGAAAGAUGCGUUUGAAGAUACUGAUGGCCUCUAUGAUCCUGAGUGUGAAAACAGUGGUGCUUUCAAGGCGAAGCAGUGCAAUGGAACCACCUGUUGGUGUGUGAACACAGCUGGAGUUAGAAGAACUGACAAACACGACGCAGACUUGAAGUGCAAUCAAUUAGUCAGAACGAGGUGGAUCAUUAUUGAAAUGAAACAUGCUGAGAGAAGUGCUCCUCUGAAUGCUGAAUCUUUAAAGAAGUUUUUCACAGAUACCAUUACCAGUCGUUACCAGCUGGAUGGCCGCUACAUAACCGGUGUUCUGUAUGAAAACCCUUACAUUACUAUUGAUUUGAAGCAAAAUUCCUCAGAAAAAUCGUUUGGAGAUGUGGAUAUAGCUGAUGUGGCCUACUACUUUGAAAAAGAUGUAAAAGGUCAAUCCAUUUUUCAUAAUAAUGGGCUAAAUGUCAGCAUUGACAACGAACCGGUGAAGUUUGAGAGGACGGUGGUCUACUAUGUUGAUGAAAUACCGCCUGAGUUUUCCAUGAAGUCUCUCACCCCUGGUUUGAUUGCUGUCAUUGUAGUGGUGGUAAUAGCAGUAGUAGCUGCAAUUGUUGUUCUGGUCCUCACAAGGAGGAGGAAAGGGAAGUACGUGAAAGCUGAGGUGAAGGAAAUGAACGAAAUGCAUAGAGGACUGAAUGCUUAACUAAAUCAACUGAAGAGAGGCGAGAAGACAACAAAAACACUGGAGGCAUGAAUCUUAACUCUUAGAAGUUUCUUCCUGAAACGAGGCAAUUGUGCUCACUUAAUGAUUGUUAAAACUCCUAACAACCAAGACUGGUAACCAUUCAACUGCUUUUACUAUUUGUUGAGAGUUAAAUGCCCCAUUUUACUCAGUAAAACUUAACUAUUUGCUCCUGAUUUUAUUUUUUUUAUGAUGAUGAAAUGAAUUAACACCUGCUGUUACUAGGAUUUGGGGGCAUACAUGCCUAAAUGGUUUAUUUACCCUUGGUGGGAGUUUGUAUUGAAAGUAAAUGAUUUGUAGCUAUGUUGUAACAAGACUGUCUCCUAUAUGACUGGACACAACAUUUUUAUGGCAGUUUGUACAUAU